AUGAAGGUCUACUAUCACGACAACCAGCCUGGCGAACCCCACCUCCCACACAACUCAGGCACCGAGCUUUCGCCCACAACCCUCUCAGAGCUUGGGGUUCUUUAUUAUUCCUUCCCACCAUCAUCCCCUGAUUCUGCCUCCCUUGUCGAAGACGUUGCUACUUCCCGCCAUUAUACAAAUCGAGAUGAGAUUAGUAGUUCUAAGCUCAUUGCGAGCGUCGGUCCCGCAGCCUAUGAGCAGGUCUUGAAGACGUUCUUCACCGAGCACAUGCACGAAGACGAGGAGAUUCGCUACAUACUCAAGGGCAGCGGGUAUUUCGAUGUUCGAGAUGCGGAUGAUAAAUGGGUCAGAAUCAAAGCUGAGACGGGUGAUUUCCUUGUGCUACCUGCUGGAAUCUACCAUCGAUUCACUCUUGAGGAAACUAACGAUAUUGAUAUGAUGCGCCUUUAUCAGAAUGCGCCUAAAUGGGCAGCCUUAAAUCGGAAUGAAGAAACAGAGGCCAAUCAGUAUCCUGCAUUCUUCUCAUGGACUUUCACAGCGCUAGGGAUAGCAGCAGUCCAAAUGGAUUAUCUGGGACAAAAUAUCAGCAAGACUGACGUACCUCACCUGGAGAAUUUCCUCAAACUAGCUUACGCAUCGAUUGUUAUUUUUCCGAUCGCUCUUACGCUCAGCAAGCUUUCUCUCUUGGCGCUAUACUGGCGCAUUUUCCGUAUGACGACAGGUAGACGACCGUUGCAAAUUGUUGCGAUAAUAAAUAUCGCGUGGAUGAUUUCUGCCGUCAUAGUGGGCGUUUUCCUCUGUGUACCUGUCUACGGAUUCUGGGAGUUUACCAAACCCAGCAAAUGUGUCAAUUACCCAGUCAUGUUCAUUGCAAACGAGACUACUACUCUCAUAUUUGAUCUAUUCGUUCUGCUGCUGCCGGUUUACUUCAUCUCACAAAUCCAACAAUCUCUUUCGCAACGGCUUUCGAUCAGUAGUACCUUUCUGUUGGGUUUCAUAGCAACUGUGAUCUCGGCUAUACGACUAUGGCAGCUCGUGGUUGCUCUAAAUUUACCUAGGCUCGACCCAACUUAUAACGAUACCAACUCUCAGCUGUACGGAGAUAUCGAGCUUAACAUGUGGAUUCUUGUUGCUUCUGUCCCAGCUCUGCGCCCUCUCGUUGGGAAAGUCAUCAGGAAUUCGAGAUCGAAGGACAGCAAGUCAACGGGUUCGGGACGCACCUGGUACAAGAUAUCUUCCUUUUCCAGCCUCAAAUCACGUGUCCUUAGUAAGUACAGCCGUUCGUACUCUCACGGCGACGGUCGUAUGCCCUUAAAUGGAAUAGAUUCUACUGGGGCCCUGUCGACGCCGUUGGAAAACAAAUCGCAAGAUCCGGGGUCUUGGGCACCGAGGGGUAAUGAUCUAAUUGAAAUCAAACCAACCAGGCCUGCAAGAGGAAUCCACGUGCAGAGAGAAUUCAACAUUCAUCAGUCGCAAGAUGUCUAA